AUGGCGGAGUCCCGGCACAUUGUGGAGGAGCUUCUGGUUUUGUGUCUGCAGAGAAUCAACAUGGAGGAGAACAACAUGAACACUGAGCUGGAGUUCAUCGAGGUCGUGAAGAGCUGCGAGUCGGUCAGGAAGAAGUGGCUUCACGCUGAGCUGGAGCUGAAGAAGUACAAAGAGCUGCUGGUGAAGUCCGACGUCUCCAAAGCUGCUCUGGAGGUCAAACUGAAACACGCUCGAAACCAGCUGGACGUCGAGAUGAAGAAGCGCUACAAGGUGGAGGCCGACUACCAGUACCUGCAGCGGCAGAUGCAGCUCAUGUGCGACAUUCUGGUCCACGACAGUAAAUCGAGCGCCUGCCUGAACGAUGAGCAGAAAUCUCUGUUGGCGACGUUUGAACACAAAGCAGGAAACGUGACUCUGCAGAGGAGCAGCAAACGGCUCUCUGUCAUCGACGAGUCAUCCUUCCUGUCGCAUUCUGACAUCAGCUACGACCGCACAGACGAUGACGUGGAUUUGGACACCACUGUGAUUAAACCUCUGAGAUCUCGAGCCAGAGAGAGGAGGCGUUCAUCGAUGGGUCCGGCGUUCGGGGCUCCAGCUGUAAAGCGUUCCCGAGGAGGAAACAUGUCUGCAGAGCUGCUGGAGAGAAAAACCGUGGAGAAGGACGUGGAGACGAUCGUGAAGGCGUCUCUGAUGACCGCUGAGGCCGGAGGUCAGAUCCACAUGGUGGUGGGAAUCAGUCAGGAGACCCCCGAACACCCGGCCAGGACCCUCAGCCAGGACUGUGCUGCAUCAGAGGCAGGAGACCAAACCUCCGUGUGGUUCCCCUGCGAUGACACCGUGGUUGAACCUGAACUUGAAGCUCCACCAAGAGACAGAUCUGUUCACGCCUGCAGAACUCCAAGAGCCAGCAGCCAUGUUUUUCUGUCAAAGACGGUGAUCCGGCCGGAGACCUGCCAGCCCUGCGGGAAGAGGAUCCGCUUUGGGAAGAUGGCGGUGAAGUGCAGGAACUGUCGCGUGGUCGCUCAUCCAGAGUGCAAACAGAAAUUCACAGACGGCUGCUCGGCCUCCAAUGCAACAACAAGAGGAACCGUUCAGAUGGUGAGUCGGGACUCGUUGGAGGGCUUUGCUCCACCGACUCAUCCCCGAGUUCCUGUGCUGAUCGUGGACUGUGUGGCUGAAAUCGAGAGGAGGGGGCUGCAGGAGCGAGGUCUGUUCCGGGUUCCUGGAGGAGAGCGCCUGGUGAAGGAGCUCAGAGAUCGCUUUGUUCAGGGGAAGUCAUCGGUGAUGCUCAGUAAAGUUCAGGACAUCCACGUGGUGUGUGGACUUCUGAAGGACGUCCUGAGGAAGCUGAAGGAGCCUCUGCUCACCUUCAGGCUGCACAGGACCUUCAUGGAGGCUGCAGAGCUGACUGAUGCAGACAGCUGCUCGGCCGUCAUGCUUCAGGCCAUUUCAGAGCUGCCUAAAGCCAACAGAGACACACUGGCUUUCCUCAUGCUGCAUUUUCACAAGUAA